AUGGGUUUGGUGGUGGCUUCUAGCAAAGCUAUGGUAGAGGUGUGGUUUGUGGAAGCUGCUCAGCCUCAUAUGAUGAUUGUGAGUGUAUAUACUAUUUACGGUGAUAUUGCUGCUGCUGCAGUUCCUGCCACUGCUGCUGCUGCAGCAGGUGCUGUCACUGCUGUUGCUGCUAGUGCAGCUGCUGCCACUGCUGUUGCUGUUGCAGCUGAUACAGCUGCUGCCACUGCUAUUGCUGUUGCUGCUGGUGCAGCUGCUGCCACUGCUAUUGCUGUUGCAGCUGCAGCCACUAGUGUUGCCGUUGCAGCUGGUGCAGCUGCAGCCACUUGUUUACCAAAUAUUGUUAAAAAUUAUACACCUGAAGUAAGUGAAAAUCAUACAAAAAUUGUUAAAAAUCAUACAUAUGAUGUAAGUGAUAAUAAUUUGGACAAGCGAGCUAUUAUAAUAUUGUUGAGAUUUUUCUAA